AUGAGUUUUCUGUCAAGUGGGAAUGGUAAUAGUGCUGGCUCUACAAAAGUUUCCACGCCAACUUCAUCCAAUGGCUUAUUUUCAUUAAAGAAGAAAUUUUUCAAAAGUAGUACAACGUCAGUCAUUAGUUUAAAUAGCAGAGAUGUAAGGAACGUGUCAGGUGCUCCCGUAACCUCCAUGAAAACAAAGAAAAUGAUGAAACAAAAUUCAAAUCCCUUUAUCAAUUCCAACUCCAAUCUGCCUUCCCCUCCAAGGAAAGGUUCAAAUAAUGUUACACCUAAAAGAUCAAAUAGUAUGACUAACAACUAUAACACCGCUACUAAUAAUAAUAGUAAUAGUAAUACACAUAAUUGGGAGUCAAAGGAAAAACCAAUAGUUUAUAAUCCAUAUGGUAUGAGCAAUAACAGUAGCAUGACAAACUCCGGUGCUCCUGGAAGUUUUUCAAACCCAAAUGAUAUUAGUUUUUAUAUGCAUGAUGGUGGUGCAAAGAUUAGACUACUGCCAAUACCGAUCCUGGAUCCUAAUACUUUUUUACCAGAUAAUUUUGCUCAACGCAGUGUUCUGCUAAAUGAUAACUUCAUUCUGGAUAAGGAAAAUAAAACAUUGGGAUCAGGUGGUUCAUGUGAAGUGAGAAAAAUAAGAUCAAUAUAUCGCGCUAAAAACGUUUAUGCAUUGAAAAAACUGAAUUUGAUUUACCAAGAAACUCCAGAACAAUUUUAUAAGAGAUGUUCAAAAGAGUUCAUCAUUGCAAAAUCAUUGAGCCACAAUAUUCAUAUUAUCAACACUUUUUGUAUAAUGAAGGUACCAACAACUACUUAUACUACAAGAGGAUGGGGGGUUGUCAUGGAACUAGGUGAAGGGGACUUGUUUCAAUUAAUUGAAAAAUCAGGCUGGAAAAAUGUCCCGUUACCUGAAAAGUUUUGUCUAUUUAAACAAAUCGCCAAUGGUAUUAAAUUCUGUCAUGAAAAUGGUAUCGCUCAUAGAGAUUUGAAACCAGAAAAUGUUUUACUUUCAAAGGACGGGGUAUGCAAAUUAACCGAUUUUGGUAUAUCUGACUGGUAUCACGAAAUACCCAAUGAUUUUACAAGUCCAGUUAAAACAUGUCAAGGAAUGAUUGGUUCUCCACCUUAUGCACCACCAGAAGUCAUGUAUUUUGAUUCAAAAAAAAAGUAUUCAGAAAAUUUACAAAAACCAUACAACCCAUUAGCACUUGAUUGUUAUGCGUUGGGGAUAAUAUUAUUUACGUUGGUUAAUGGCACAACUCCAUUCUUUGAAUCCUGCAAUACGGAUACUAGAUUCAGAAGUUUUGAAACUUCUUAUGAUAAUUUUAUUGCAUAUCAAAAUAAAUAUUUUAGGAAAGGAGGAGUAUAUAAACCUGGACCGGGUAGUGAAUACUCGUUAUCCAAAAAUUUCCGCGAUGAGCAUGCGUCUAGAGUUGCUUGGAGACUAAGUGAUCCAAAAGUUGAAACACGUUAUACUUUAGAAGAUCUAUACGAAGAUCCAUGGUUCAAAAGUAUACAAACAUGUGCAGAGAUGCAUGAUGAUUAUAAUACCGAACAACCUGAUAUUAGGCCACCAAAAAGAACUGAAGAAUAUACUACUUCUAGUGCAAAUUCAAUAAAAUCUAAUGUUGAGGAAAAACACAACAAUGAGCAUGUAAUAUAUAUGAACAACACACUCGAAAGUUUUAAAGAAGAGAUUAAGAAUGGGAAUGAUUUAUUGAGGGAUACUUUAAAUAAUCAUUCUCCAGUAGGACAUAAUGGUAUAAUACCUUCGAUGACGACAACUUUGAAAUCAAAACCUAGGUCGAUGGUUGAUAUUGCACAUUCUCCACAAAUUAAUAAGUCUGGUAGUAAACCGUCCGACUCGGAUCAUGCAGAAAACGAAGGCCAAGACGCUAAUCUAUUUACAUUGGAUGAAGAUUCUGUAAAAGAAAAACUUGAGGAACUUCUGGCAGAAAAUGAAGUCUCACCACCCGCUGGAUCGUUUUCUUCAAAUAAGAUAACGACACCGGUUCCGAUAACAUCGCCAGUUCCAAACAGAAUAUUAAAUAAUAAUGCACUAAAUUCUGAACCAUCUAUUCCUUCAACAAUAUCGUCACCUUCUCAAUCAUAUAUACCGAUUGUUUCAACAUCAUCAUCAUCAGCAUCAUCAUUCAGAAGUAAUAUGAGUGUUUCAAGAGGAAAAUUAAGAAAUAAACAGUUAAUUCAUAAUCACAUGAAUGUUGUUAAUAGCAUUACAUCCAUGAGUGGUUCAAGAUCGUUUUCAUUAAAAUAA